CAGAACUGGAAGUGUCCCUGUGCUGAAAUGGGCCCGCAGAUUGGGGUACCAAUGGAAUGAAAAACAUGCUCUGCUGCAACUGAACAUGGUCAAUUUCAAUUGCUAAAAUGGGCUCGUGACAAUGGCUGCCCAUGGAAUUCAGCGACAUGUGCUGGUGCUGCUAAAGGUGGCAAUAUGGAAAUUCUCAAAUGGGUCAGAGCCAAUUGUUUGCUUGUGGGAUGCUGAGGCAUGUUCGAAAGCUGCGGCAAGUGGUCAUCUCAGUAUUCUUAUGUGGUUGCAUGAGAACGGUUGUCCCUGGGAUGAAAAGACAUGCCACAAGGCUGCCAAGUAUGGCCAUUUCAAAUUACUGGAAUGGGCCAGGGACAAAGGGUGUCCAUGGGACUCAAGGACAUGGUCUUCUGCUGCCAAAUUCGGCCACAUUGCAAUUCUCAAGUGGGCUCAUGAGAACGGAUGUCCAUGGGAUGAAGAGACAUGCUCUUCAGCUGCUCAGGGUGGCCAAUUUGCAAUUCUCCAAUGGGCUCAUGAGAAUGGUUGCCCAUGGAAUUCAUGGACUUGCCGAAUUGCUGCCCGUGGUGGUCAUCUAGAAAUUCUGAAAUGGGCUCGUGGGAAUGGUUGUCCAUGAAUUCACGGACUUGCAGAAAUGCUGCCCAUUGUGGUCAUCUAGAAGUUCUGAAGU